AUGGCCAGUUUUAUGACGGAUCGAAUGGCUCUCGAGACGCGCCGGGAUAUGCUGAAGGAAUGCUAUAAGUCAUACGAUCAAACGCAAAGUACACUCGAGCAAUGGAAUCUAGAAGAGGAGAAAAAUCGCGAAGAACUGGAAGUUACAUAUAUCAACGGUCUAUCGUCGUUUGAAAAGGCAAUCGCAAAUAAAAACAAAGAAGAAACAUUCUGCAACACGGCUAAUAAGGAUUCAGUGCGACUCCCAUCUAUCGAUCUUCCGACAUUUUCAGGCCACGGGGAAAAUUGGUUGGAAUGGUUUGACAAAUUCAACACAUUGAUUCAUCGUCGAAAAUCGUUGGCCGUAAUUCAAAAAUUUGAAUACCUGAAACUAUCUCUGCGCAGUGAAGCCCUUGGAUUAAUAGACUCCUUACCAACCACUGACGAUAACUACUCAAUUGCGUAUGACAUGAUCGUGAAACGGUACAAUAACCCGAAACUUCUGGUUCAAAGGCACACUAGAGAACUUUUCGAGUUGAAAUCGGUGGAAACGGAGUCAGCUUCUGGAUUGAGAAAUUUGUUUGACAAUGCUAGGAAGCACCUUCGUUGCCUCGAGAAUUUGAAACAACCAGUAUUUUCAUGGGAUGCGAUGCUAAUAUACCUUAUGGCAAAUAAAUUGGAUCCUGCUUCCCGCCGAGAAUGGGAGUCUAUUGCAUCCGGAACAUCGCCACCGCUAUACAAACAACUGGAGGAAUUUGUUUCGAAUAGGUGUCAAGUAUUGGACGCAAUGCCUUGCAAGCGGAAGUCUAAAGUAGAUCACAACAAUACUCCGAAGAAAUAUAAAAUGGAAGUCAACGCAUUCACAAUCUCGAAACCAUCGGUGUCACAAAAAUGUGGUACCUGCGGAUCGUAUCAUUUUACAGGAAGCUGCAAUCAAUACAGGGCUAAGUCACUCGAUGAAAAGAUCAAAAUCAUCAGGAGAGCUGCCUUGUGCUAUAACUGUCUGGGAUCCGGUCAUACCGCUGAUCAAUGUAGAAGUAGAGGAUGCACUAAAUGUGGUCGCAAACAUCACACGUCAAUCCAUCGCGAACGACCAGCAACGACAAAGCACUACAAUGAACGAAAUACAGUGACAAAACGUGAGUAG